AUGGUACCGAAGUUAGCUAUUUCACUGGCACUCCUCAUUUCAGUAUCUAUAGCACUACAAAUUGGAGCCGAUGCUGCAGGCAUUGCGAUCUACUGGGGUCAAAAUGGAAACGAGGGUACCUUGGAAGAGACUUGUGCCACAGGCAACUAUGACUAUGUGAACCUAGCUUUUCUCCCAACAUUCGGCAAUGGCCAAACUCCCAUGAUCAACCUAGCCGGACAUUGUGAUCCCUACACUAAUGGCUGCACUGGUUUGAGCUCCGACAUUAAGUCGUGCCAGGCAAAAGGGGUUAAGGUGAUUCUUUCAAUCGGAGGAGGAGCAGGGAGCUACUACCUCACAUCUAAAGAGGAUGCAAGGCAGGUUGCAACCUAUUUGUGGAACAAUUUCUUGGGAGGAACUUCAUCUUCUCGCCCUCUUGGUGACGCUGUCUUGGAUGGAAUUGAUUUCGAUAUCGAGGGAGGAACAAACCUACAUUGGGAUGACCUCGCAACAUUCCUUUCCGCAUACAGCAAAAAGGGUAAGAAGGUUUACUUGACGGCAGCGCCCCAGUGCCCUUUCCCUGAUGCUUGGGUUGGAGAAGCCCUCAAGACAGGCCUUUUCGACUACGUUUGGGUUCAAUUCUACAACAACCCUCCAUGCCAAUACUCGGCCGAUCUAAGCGACCUUGAAAGUGCAUGGAAGCAGUGGGUUUCCGAUAUUCCGGCUACAAAGAUAUUCCUAGGUCUACCAGCUGCUCCGGACGCUGCUGGAAGUGGCUUUAUUCCUGUCAAUGAUCUCACUUCUCAAGUGCUUCCAGCAAUUAAAGGUUCUUCCAAGUAUGGAGGGGUCAUGCUAUGGUCCAAGUAUUAUGAUGAUCAGACUCACUACAGUGCUUCCAUCAAGAACCACCUCUAG